AUGGCCCGUGCGCGGCCCGGGGCCCUUGGGGCAUCCCCUGGCCCCGGUGCCUCGGGCCAUCGGCCGAGCUCGCUCUUUCGGACCUUGCGUCGCAGCGCACGCCGGGUUGCCAGAACCAUUCAGGCUGCCCGGCCUGGUGCCUCGCCUCCUUCGCUGCAAACUCGGCCCGCGAGCGCCACCGCCGGUCCGAGCACCGGCAUGUCUCUCCUGCGUGGGUGUGAUGGCGCCUGCUCGGGCACCCCCCGAGACCCGUGCUUCCCAUCGGCUCCGGGAUCCCACAUGGCCGACGAGGAGCCAAUGUGCCGGCUGGGGCGAACACGCCGAUCGCCCCCGCCCUCUCCUCGGUCUCGGCGCUUUGCCAGCUCGCCGGUUGGCCAGCAAUCAUCUCACUUGAGUGUCGUACUGGCCGGUCUGUUGGAGGCGUCCGGCACUGGCGGUCGAACUCCGCCACACUCCACAUGGGGCUGGCGACACCUAUCCCGCGCCGCCCCGGCCGUUGGGCACUACCUGUCAGAUGCUCUGCGCCUGGUUGGCCUGCAAAUUGAUGCCCUCGGGGAAAAGUCCAACACCCUGCCGGCGCCGGGGUCCACCUCGGCACCGGCCACAACGACCAGCCCGGCCCUGCGACCGGCCCAGCUCGCCAACGCCUCCUGGCAAUUGGCCGAAUCGGCCUGGCGUUUGGCACAGCAAAAUGCCGUGGCCUCCUAUGGCCUGGCGGCCCAGCGUCUCCCGGGCCUCUGGCAAACGCUGGCCACCUCCACCACCGGGGUCACCUCUCGAGCUCCACUGCCAGGGCUACCUGCCCUGGAUGCCCUGCGUGAGAGCCCCCUGCUUCGUGCACUCCUGGGCUUUGAGGCCGUGGUCCAGCUACAGGAGCUGGCUCGGCAGAAGUCUGCCGGUGUGCCGGCCGCGCUGGAUGGCUUGGCCAGGGUGUCGCGCGAUUUUCUCAUCACCCAGCUGGGGUCCUCCCUGGCAGCUGGAGCCCAACAGCUGCCGCACUUGGCCGCCAUCGGCCUCAUCGAGCGGCCUGUCGACGCUUGGACCGUGGCAGAUGGCCUUGCCAGCGCGGGAGCCGGCCUGUCAGCCGGCGUGCACAAUCCCUCGGGGCCGACUGCGGCCCGCCUGUUGGCCGUACACAAUCAAACCGGCCGCGAGGUGGUAGCCCGCCUGCGACCGGUAUUGUCACAUCCGACCGACCGGUCCGGUGAUGGGGCAGGCCCGUUGCACUAUUUCGGCUUGGGAUGUACCUCGCGCUCGCCGUACCUGGCGCCCUUGGUUUUGCGCGAUCCGGAUGCCCGGGAACUGAGUAUUCGUCUGGCGCCGGGCACCUGGCGCGAGCUGUCCCUACAGGUGGAGCCUUCGGCCGGAAUACUGAGCCAAGGCGCCGGUGCGGAUCUCCGCGCCUUGGCGGCCCAGGUGGAGUUUUCUUUUGCCGAUGAAACGGCCCCCGCCUCCGAGGCCAGCACCUCACACGUGGUGCUCCUACACCCGAGUCUCAGUGCUGUGCGCUUGGAGGAUGAUCCCACCGAUGGGGGCAUUGCCUCACGGAACGUGUUUGGUGACUAUAUCGGCUACUACAUGAACUCGAUGACGCUUGAUGCGUUGGGAACACUGCUUGGCCCCAGUGGCCGCGGCUUAAGCCGAGUGCCGGGCCCCGUCCGGCGACCCUCCCUCUUGGGCCUCCUGUCGCCGGGGCUCGGGGCGAGUACCGGUGGACUGCGGGUACGGCGUUUGCGCGAUCGCCUGGCCAUGGCAGCCGGCCGCUGCCGCGCUCUUCCCCCACCGAGCAGCCCGCCCAUCCGCCUGGUGCCUGGAGGCUAUGACCUGCCAGCCGGCGUGCAUCCCAGCAGCUUGCUGCAUCCGGGGGAGGCGGAGUUUUUGGAAAUCCGCAAGCGAGCCAUGGUCGCCAGCUUCGCCCGGUUCAUCGGAGUCGAUGAGGCGGAGGUCGAUCCGCGGGACAUCCCGACCGUGGCCUUCGCCGCCAGUGGUGGCGGCUACCGAGCAAUGGUUUCGUCUUUUGGUUUUGUGGCCGAACUCGAGCGCCAGGGUCUUCUGGACUGCGUGUCCUACAUGGCAGGGCUGUCGGGCUCUUCGUGGAUGUUGGCGCGACUGUAUGCCCACGCGUUGCAUGCCGGUGCCAAUGGCGGCCGACUUGCCCCGGGCCAGGUACUGGAGGAGUUGCCUCCGAGAUUGGAGCACCACCUGAUCAAUGUCCUGCUUCCAUGGACUCAGUGCGUGGAGGGUUCCCGGCCUGGGGCAUCGCCCGCCCGCACGCGGUUCGCCACGCAUCUGCUGCGCCGCACACUUGAAACCGAUUCCCUCUCGGCCAUCGAUAUCUGGGGCGCGGCGCUUGGGACUCAACUCCUGGAUGAUUACACGCCAGUCGAGGCUCGAGACACUGGGCAUGGAUCACUGCCUGAGCCGCUGCGCCUGAGCCAGUUUACCUCACUCCUAGAGAGCGGCCGGGUCCCACUUCCCAUCUUUACCGCGGUUCAGGUUGCCAGUGGCGGGGAUCAGACGGUGGUCGCUGAUGUAGAUACUGGGCCGCCGCUCAGUUGGUUCGAGUGGACUCCCCUCGAGGCGGGCAGCCGAGAUCUUGGGGGAUUUGUCCCGCUGUCGCGUCUCAGCUCCGAUCGUGUGAGCUCCGAUGUGGGUGGCCCGGCUUCGGAGAUGCCACUUCACCGGGUGAUGGCCAUCGGCGGGUCGGCCUUCUGUGCGACUUUCGGCCAAUCGUGGCGAGAGCUCGUCGCCUCGCGCAUUGAGCACCACCGCACCGCGCUGGAGCCACAUCUGGAUGGCAUGACAUCGCCCCAGCCACCAGGAGGCGCUGCCAGCGUCACUGGUGCCGGGGCCCUGCGCCAGUGGACGGACUGGCUGACCGAUUUGGCAUCUGAGUCCUCGCUGCCCUUCCGCAAUGCAUCGCUCUUUUCUCCGGCCCCGAUCUACAAUUUCCCCGUCCUCCAGGACGGCAGCCCCACAACACAGGAUGUCUGGCUGGCGGAUGCCGGCAUUGGCUUCAAUCUCCCCCUGCCGCCGCUGCUGCGCCAGGAGCGCGGUGUGGAUGUGAUCCUGUCGUUUGAUGCCUCAAGCGAGGUGACCCGCGGCGAGGAGGGCAUUCCCAGGGCGGACAUGGUUGAGGCGGCCCAACCGUCACCCGAGGUGUCUGACCACUUCUUUGACCACUCCACCCCUGAUCAUGUUUUUGCCCUGGAGUGCAUCGCUCCACUUGGCGAGCUGGACCCACUCCCGCGACUGGAUCGAUCGCACUUGGCGGGCGACGUCGAUGGCAUGGGACAUGCCGGCCAGCAGCCUCUCCCGGAGGAGGACCGAUCUCAUGCCAUGAUCCGGCAGUUUGUGGAACGCGCUGUCAACAGGCUGCCAUUGGCCCCGCGCAAGCGCUGCGAUUUGACCACACGCCUGAACACCGCGCUGCUGGAGGAGCUGGGUUUGCGGGAUUCCGACCAAGCCGGCCUGGGCUAUCGUCGCCUGCCGAAGUCCCUCCUCCGGGCGCGUGCCUGGUCGCAGCACCAUCGGCUGUCGGUGGCGGCGCUUCGUGCGCCGAGGUGGGAAAGCCCGGCUGGCGGGCCCGCAUUUUCCCUCCUGCUCCCGCCGCCUGGCGGGGCGCCCGCCCUGGACGCCGGCCCCGGCGGGCCGCACAUCAUCUACUCCCAUCUGUCGAAGGAAACGGUUCUCGGCGAGGCGACGGGCGCCGGCAGCGUCUUCCACCCGGUGGACCUGGCGCCAGUGCGCGAAGAACCCCCCCUAUGUGAGGACUUCCUGGACACCAUCAAUCUUGCUUACACCCGGCGGGAGACCGAGGCACUGGCCAACGCAGGAGCCGUGGCCGCACGCGAAAGUGUGGCCCACGCGCGCGCCGUCCUGCGCCAGCUUUGGAACGCGCGGCGGACGGAGCGGCUGGCCGCCAGUCCAAGUGCCAACGAUCUGACCAUGCCUCUCGCCACCCAGCUCCACGGAGGAGGGGGCGGGAGAGGCGGGGACGGCGCCGUGCUCCUCUGAUCCUCCUGUGUAUAAACUGCCCUGCCUCCUGUGUGUCAGCGCCUCUCGACCUGUACCACCUUUGCACUGAGAGUCCUGCUGAAAAAAAGAAUCCCCAGGCGACUUGGCCAUGUGCCCCUGCCCCUGCCCCC